AUGCGAGUGCCCUCUCCGCUCACCAGCAUGCUUUACUUCCAGAUGGUGAUCAUGGCAGGGACCGUGAUGCUGGCUUAUUAUUUCGAGUACACGGACACCUUCACGGUCAACGUGCAAGGCUUCUUCUGCUACGAGGGCGCGUACCGAAAGCCUUAUCCGGGCCCGGAGGACCGCAGCGCCGUGCCCCCGGUGCUCCUUUACUCGCUGACCGCAGGCGUGCCCGUGCUGGUGAUUAUCGUUGGAGAAACUGCAGUGUUUUGUCUGCAGUUAGCUACAAAGGAUUUUGAAAACCAAGAGAAAACAAUAUUAACUGGAGACUGUUGUUAUAUAAAUCCCCUGGUGCGAAGGACCAUCAGAUUCCUUGGAAUUUAUGCAUUUGGACUGUUUGCUACAGACAUCUUUGUAAAUGCUGGUCAAGUAGUAACGGGGAAUCUUGCACCACAUUUCCUUGCACUUUGUAAACCCAACUAUACAGCACUUGGAUGUAAACAGUACACACAGUUCAUCAGCAGCGUGCAUGCCUGUACUGGAAAUCCAGAGCUCAUCACAAAAGCCAGGAAGACUUUCCCCUCCAAAGAAGCAGCACUAAGUGUAUAUGCAGCUAUGUACCUGGCUAUGUAUAUCACCAACACAGUAAAGGCCAGAGGAACAAGGCUUGCAAAACCUGUUCUGUGCUUGGGCUUAAUGUGCUUGGCUUUCCUGACUGGAAUCAACAGAGUGUCAGAGUAUCGCAAUCACUGGUCAGACGUAAUAGCAGGGUUUGUCAUCGGCAUCUCUAUAGCAGUCUUUUUGGUUGUUUGUGUGGUAAAUAACUUCAGAGGACGUCAGCCAGAGCAUGAACACUCUCAUGUGGAUAAUCUGGCCCAGAUGCCCAUGAUCAGCAUACCCCGAGUUGAAAGCCCUUUAGAAAAGGUGUUACAGAAUCAAGGCAUUAGUAGGAGUCAGGAGGAUGCUUUGCAGCGCAGCUCCCUCAGAGCACGCAUCCUCAGGUUCUUCUCCUGGAUGUCAGGGAUGGAGCGCUUGGAGCAGCUGCGUAUCAGGCAAUAA